ACUCUUUUCCGAGAGCGGAACCGUGUUUUUCUAAACUCUUGUUUCCCUAAGUCUGAGGCGGACGGAAUAUAGUAUUGUUUUACACCCAUCGCUUCCGGAUCCGGCCACCUGAAAUGGAGACUAUACUAGAGCAGCAGCGGCGUUACCAUGAGGAGAAAGAGCGGCUAAUGGAUGUGAUGACCAAGGAAAUGAUGGCAAAGAAAGCCACGUUGCGUGAACAGAUAAAUUCCGACCACAGAGCACGAGCAAUGCAAGAUCGGUAUAUGGACGUGAGCGCGAACUCAAGGGAUCUAUAUGAAGAUAAAGAUGGAUUAAGAAAGGAAGAGCUGAAUGCCAUUUCUGGACCAAAUGAAUUUGGUGAAUUCUACAACAGGCUCAAAUUGAUUAAAGAAUUUCACCGGAAGCAUCCGAAUGAGAUCUGUGUCCCUAUGUCAGUGGAAUUUGAUGAGCUGCUGAAGUCCAGGGAAAAUCCAAGCGAAGAAGCUCAAAAUCUGGUGGAGUUCACAGAUGAAGAAGGUUAUGGUCGGUACUUGGACCUUCAUGACAGUUACUUGAAGUACAUCAACCUGAAGUCUUCAGAGAAAUUGGACUACAUCACAUAUUUAUCAACUUUUGACCAACUCUUCGACAUUCCCAAAGAACGAAAGAACGCAGAAUACAAACGGUAUUUGGAAGUGCUGUUAGAAUACUUACAAGAUUACACAGACCGAGUGAAACCAUUGCUGGAUCAGAAUGAGCUGUUCGGUAAGAUACAGAAUGACUUUGAGAAGAAGUGGGAGACCGGAGGCUUUCCAGGUUGGCCGAAAGAAACUAGCAGUGCCCUUACACAUGCAGGGGCUCAUUUGGACCUCUCUGCCUUUUCAUCCUGGGAGGAGUUGGCCUCUCUUGGAUUAGAUAGAUUGAAGUCUGCCCUGCUGGCACUGGGGCUUAAAUGUGGAGGAACUCUUGAAGAAAGAUCCCAGAGACUUUUUGGUACAAAAGGAAAAUCUUUGGAUGCCCUGGAUUCAUCUUUGUUCACAAAGAAUCCAAAAUCGAAGGGUAUCAGAAGGGACACAGAAAAGAAUAAGGACAUAGCUUUUCUCGAAGCACAAAUCUACGAAUAUGUUGAAAUUCUAGGGGAGCAAAGACAUCUGACGCAUGAAAAUGUGCAGCGAAAGCAGGCCAGAACUGGUGAGGAGAGAGAAGAGGAGGAAGAAGAACAGAUAAGUGAAAGUGAGAGCGAUGAUGAGGAAAAUGAAAUUAUUUAUAACCCCAAAAACCUUCCACUUGGGUGGGAUGGCAAGCCUAUACCAUACUGGUUGUACAAGCUACAUGGACUAAACAUAAACUACAACUGUGAAAUAUGCGGCAAUUAUACUUACCGAGGGCCUAAGGCUUUCCAACGCCACUUUGCAGAAUGGAGACAUGCGCACGGCAUGCGGUGUCUAGGCAUCCCAAACACUGCUCACUUUGCCAAUGUCACACAGAUUGAGGAUGCUGUUUCAUUGUGGUCAAAACUCAAGCACCAGAAGGCAUCAGAAAGGUGGCAGCCUGACACUGAGGAGGAAUAUGAAGAUUCAAGUGGGAACGUUGUGAACAAGAAGACGUAUGAAGAUCUGAAACGCCAAGGACUCCUCUAAUAGCAAUCCCUCUUUCUAGAAGUACCAUUCUGGUUUAACUGUAUUAAAUUCCAACUUUAUUUGUUUGCAGGAGCCUAGUCAUCAUUGUGGCUUGUACAUGUAUGAUUGUCUUUUUUUUUUAAUUAAAAUGCGAGCAACAUUUUCAGUAA